AUGGAACUUAUUCCAUUACAUGAACGAGACAAUGUUUUAAAUUAUUACAUUCCAAACCACUGUGUUCUGAAACCUGAGAGUAAAACCACCAAGCUGCGUGUGGUAUUUAAUGCGUCGGCACGUACGUCUGCCGGCAUUUCGUUGAACGAUAGUCUUUAUACUGGUCCAAAAUUACAACCAGAUAUCCAAGUUGUGUUGUUGCGAGCUCGACUUUGGAAAUUCAUCUUUAUGGCCGAUAUCAAACAGAUGUAUCGCCAAAUUCUUAUUCAACCGUCUGAUCGAGACUAUCUCAGAAUCUUUUGGCGUUUCUCAACUCAGUCUCCUAUUGAUGAAUAUCAUUUAAGUACUGUUACAUAUGGCACGUCAGCUGCACCUUUUCAAGCAUUACGUACUCUUCGUCAUCUAGUUAUUCUAAAUGGUGCUGAAUGGCCACUAGCCGCCAAUAUUCUACUCAAUGACACGUUUGUCGAUGACAUUUUAACUGGCGCCGAUUCAGAAACUGAAGCAUUACAUCGUCAAAAGGAACUAAUUAACUUGUGUGCAUUAGCACAAUUUGAACUUCACAAGUGGGCAAGCAAUAAUCCUAAUAUUCUACAAGCCGUACCGGAAAAUUGUCGUGCAAUGUCUGUUUCAAUGCUGUUUAACAGUGGGGACCUUCCAGAAUUAAAAGUGCUUGGACUAAAGUGGGAUCCUCCUUCUGAUUCAUUUUAUUUUCAGGCACAACCCUCAUCGGGCAUACCAACAAAACGCUCAGUUCUAUCAGAUAUCGCCCGUGUGUUCGAUCCGCUAGGCCUCUUGUCUCCUUUAACGUUUUUCACCAAACAUAUUAUGCAACAACUAUGGACUGCUGGUUAA